AUGAAUAGUAUAGCAAAGCGUAAGGGUAGCUUAGAUGAAAGUACAUUUGUACGGCAGUCAUUUUUAGUCCCCGCCGAUCAGACCUUGCUGCUCGGCAUGGACUAUCUGUCCUAUAGCAUGCGCUGUUGUUGCUACUUUCGCCCUGCUGACCGCAGAAAUCGCCAAAACGGCACCCUUGGCUCUCAUACGUUUCUCAAUUGCCCUUUCUGCUCACUAUUAGCGCUACUAUUUUGCGCCCACUCUCAGGCCAUAUCGGAAACCGGCGCAGUUGUCGACCCUGAUCUCCUUAUCAUCACUUCUAAUUUCUCUGCUUGGGCGCUUGUCGAGACCCUCGAUGCUAAGGACAUCUCUUUUGUGUAUUCAUGGUGCUACUCUCCUGCUUUGCUCGCAUACGCCGAUGUCAAAUGGGAGGGGUAUUCCCUGUGGCCAAUAAGAAACAAUUCCGUGCAUGCGCAGACUUCCUCCUCUGAUCUCUUCAUUCACAAGGUUGUCUGGGCAACGUGUCCUCUACCUCUCUAA